AUGGUCAGCCAAUUCCCAACUAACGUUAAAGCAAAAUACGUUCCAUACGACAACGAACACUCCGAGAUCCUGAAAGCUGGUGCUCCAAAACCACUUGAUUUGGCCGAGGAAUUCAAAGCUGGGCCAGUCAUCAUCACUGCUAUUCCAGGUGCCUUCACUCCCACCUGUUCACUUAAACACAUUCCUGACUACAUCAAAAAUGUCGAAGAAUUCAAAAAGAAGGGAGUCAAGAGAGUCAUUGUUUUGGCAGUAAAUGACCCAUUUGUGUUGUCGGCUUUCGGAAAAGCUGUCGGUUACAAGGACGAAGAAAACUUUGUCAUCUUUGCUACUGACCCAGAAGGUAAGAUUUCUAGCCAAUUGGGUGAUGACUAUGUCUUGGACUUGAGCAGUGCUGGUUUGGGAAAGAGAUUACAAAGAUACGCUGCUAUUGUCAAAGAUGGUGAUGUUUUCUACUUAGCCAAUGAAGAUGGUGGAGAUUUCACUGACAUCUCAAGUGCUGAAACUUUACUCAAGAAAUUGUAA